AUGAAAAUGUGUUCUCAAAGGCAAGCCUUAACCAUACUAGGCCGUUUAAACUUUGCAAACUAUGUUAUUCCUCAGGGGCGCUUGCACUGCCGAAACUUUCAACGACACCUUCGUAUGCUGCGCAACGCCCAUCCCAGGAGGAAAUAUGUGCUACCAGGGGAAGUACUGACAGAUCUUUACUGGUGGAAACAUGCAGUAAGCAAAUGUUCCUUAAUACACUUACCACAGAUUACUCAUCAUCUCGUGACCGAUGCAUCCAACCUAGGUUGGGGAGCGAUGCUAAAAGAUACGCUAUUAUCGGGCACGUGGGAAAGGAAUCAACAGGGUUGGCACAGCAAUCUCAAGGAAUUGGUUGCCAUACAGAGAGCGAUAGAAGCUCGGGCAGAAGACUUAAAAGGCGCCAGUCUAUUAAUACAAUCGGACAAUUCGACUGCAUUAGCAUACCUAAGAAACGAAGGUGGUGUGAAAUCGGCUCGUUUAAUGAAGCAAACUCGCGAGCCACAGUCUAAAGACUUAGCUAAAUUUCUCGCGUACCUACAUGUUAAAGAGAGAUUUAAGCCUUCAACUAUACAGCUUUACAGAUCGGCAGUGUCUACUAUUUGUGAGCCUCACUUAGGCAAGAAAUUAAGUGAAGAUAUUUUUGUGAGACAUGUACUUAAAUCUAUCGCACAGGCUAAUCCUCGUUCUCGGGGUCCUAUAUGGGAUCCUCAACAGGUAGUAUCGUGGCUACAAAAUAAUGUACCCCAAGAAGUAACGUACUUUGAAGCAAGUAGGCGAUGUGCAGUAAUAUUGUUGCUUGCGUCAGGUAGACGUGUGCAUGAUCUUACGCUUCUGCGCAUAUCCCCUCAACACUUCGAGGAUAAUGGUACUGAUAUGACAUUUUGGCCUGUAUUUGGUUCAAAGACGGAUACUGCUAAACACCAACAGUCAGGAUGGAAGCUUAAUGUUCAUGAAGACGAGAGGAUUUGUCCAGUAUUUUGGAUUCGAAAAGUUAUUGAUUUAUUGAAAAUAAGAAGACUCUCAUUUCAACAACUUUUUAUUACCAUUCAUGGGGAGCCAAAGCCUGCAUCCAGGACAGUGAUUGCUAACUGGGUAAGAACAGUUUUUAAAGCUGCAGGUAUAGAGGCUACCCCAGGUAGUACCCGUUCGGCAGUAGCUUCAUAUAACUGGAUACAUAAUGUACCAAUUGAUAUGAUUUUACAAAAAGUUAAUAUGCAUAAAAAACAUUUUAGAAUGAUUACAGCUCAUUUAGAACACUUCACCAGGAAA